UUGGAGAAAUCACUAAUUAAGAUGGAUAAUUACGUGGAACAGUUUCUUGAUAUGGACCCAGAACACAAAGAGUAUAUUUGCAUGGAAGAUCUACGAAAAUUUAAACAGAGGAAGCAAUUCCAAGAUGACUUCGUACAGGAUUGGCAGCAAAAGUUCGGCCCAAAUAACUCAGAUAAAAUCACCCUGGUGGAUGUUUGCCGAGUCCGUGGUGUGGAUAUCAAAGAUGUGAGGAAAUUCUACGGUCCGAUGCCCGAUGAACUGCGUGAUGUAGAAAUUAUUGAAUGUGAUAUGCCGUUGGCCAUGAGGGUUCAGGUUUGCAAGGUCAUCAACGAAGGACAGAAACGGUGUCCAGACGAGCCUUCCUUCGUCCAGCACAUCAAGAAGACCUUGGAUAACCAAUUUGGCAAACUGUGGCACGUGAUCACCGUCCACGGACGCUAUUAUUCCUUCUACACUUAUGAAAUGGGCUAUAAUUUUGCAUUUAAAAAGAACGAAUGCAUUUUUCUUGUAUACAAAACUCCAGAUGUAGAAGACAUUUGAAAGCACUACGUAAUUAUCAAUUUUCAUGUCGAUUCGCUUAGGAGAAGCUAAUUUAUACAAUCUUUGCUGUACAAAACAGUAAAAAUAAAAAUCCGUGA